UGUUGAUCGAGGAAGAAGUGUGAUCGAGUUCAGAAAGAAUCUCAUCGGCAAGAGGCAGACAAGAAAAAGAAAAAGCUGCUGUUUGCUGGAACAUCUCAGUAGAUGUGAAACAGGACACCUGUGAUGUGGACGCAAAUAUCAUGGAGAAAAUGAAUAUGAAGGAGAAGGACUGUCAGUGGGAGUCCAUCUACCUUAAACAGAAAAGUCUGAGCAUCAAGGAGGAGGACAGUAAACUGCAGCCAGUGGGCAUUAAAGAAGAACGUGAAGAGAAGUCUGUCAGUAUUGAGACACAUAACCAUACAAAGCUGGACAGUGUAAAAGAAGACAACCGUCAUGAUGGGUGUCAAGAUGGUGUGGUGACCAGGUUAGACUCUUCUCAGAGCAGACACUGUUCAUCUCCAGAUCCUUCUAUCAAUGUGAAGUCUGAAUCAUUAGAGUCUGAACCAAAGAGGGCUGUGGAAACUACAUCUGUUAGAGCUCAGAAACAUAAGCGACCACCUUCAAAGAAGUUUGGAAAAAGAAAGAAAGAUCACUGCUGUGUGGAAUGUGGCAGAGAAUUCCCUAAAAAGAGUGCUCUUCAGACACACACGAGAGUUCACAGUUUUCACAAAAAGGCCAGAGAGACACCAUAUUGCUGUAGUGAAUGUGGCAAACAUCUGAAGGACCACACUAGAGUUCACACUGGAGAGAAGCCAUAUUGCUGUAAUGAAUGUGGUAAACAGUUUUCACAAAAAUGCAAUCUUCAGACACACACUAAAGUUCACACCGGAGAGAAGCCAUAUUGCUGUAGUGAAUGUGAUAUGAUGAAUAUCUUAAAUCCAAGAUACACUGCAGCGACCCGCAGCAGCCAUCCAUGUCACAGUUCAUUGUGCCCCAGACGACUACAUAUCCAGUCAACCACCCUCGACAAAAAGCCAUUACAGAAGCAAUAAUAUCCGAUCUUAUCAUUAAUUGCAACAUGCCCCUGUCUAUCACUGACAACAAGCACUUCAAUCACUUUCUGUCCAUUAUGGACGCAAAAUAUACUGCAGUGAGCCGCAGAACAGUCACCUCAAGACUUGACGCUAUGGUAUC